AUGGCGGACGUGGACGAGGUGCAGGAAGUGCCGACGUGCCGCAUAUGUAGAAGCGAAGAGGAGCCGGGCCUCGUGCAAUGGCUCCAGCACAGCCAGAAGAAGUACUGCGAGCUGUGCAACUACUCGUUCGUGUUCCACAAGCGCUAUACCCAUUCUAUGCCUGAUGGAACGCUGCCGGUAUGGCUCUAUACGCGCUACUUGCUGUGGAGAGGCGCGCAGCUCGUUGCGUACCUGCUGCGCCUCGCCCUCGUGCUCUUUGCGUGGCUCCUUUUGGUGCCGUACACCACGUACCGCGUGUGGUGCAUGUACUUUAAUGUGGGCGACCGCAUCGCGGAUCUCGUGCUCGGCACCGAGAUCUUUCAGUCGCCGCCGCGCAGCGGCCGCGGCUGGCCGGAAGUGCCCAUCACGCUCUCGCCGUCGCGCCUCUUGCAUGCCGCGUGGAAGAUCGGCGAGCACCUCUUUGAAGUGCUCACCGAGCACUGGCUCCAAUCAGUGAUCGUCACCGGCGCCGUGAUCCUCUCGUUCGCUGCGGUAUUUUUGCUCCGCGAGUGGGUCGCCCACAAUAUCCCCGAACCGCAGGCGGAGCUGGAGGACGACGCGCCACCGGCCGACGACCCGGUGCGCGACCGUAUCCGCGCAGCGGCACUCGCAGCAGCGCAGGCGCGCGCGGAAAACAUGCUCGCCGCCGACCCCGCACAACUGAUCUUUGACGACAUGGCACGCACGGCGCUCGCCCAGCGCGAUCCCGACGCGCCGUUGCCGUUGCCGAACUAUGCAGACGCGCAGCAAGAGUUUGCGAACCUCUUUCCGUGGGACGCACUGCGCAACGGCCCAGAGGCCCCGCAAGACGACGACGGCUGGGAAGACGACGAGGACGACGCGCCACAGGACGACGACUGGAUCGACGAGUCCGAGAGCGAGGACGACGCGCCGCUGCUGCCUGCUCCGCCUGCUCCGCCAGCGCCGGCGCCGCCCGGAGACGACGACGAGGAAGAAGAGGAGGACGAGGUCGGCUGGGACGACCCCGAGAAUGCCGACCACUUUGCCGAGGACAUCGAGGGCGUGCUGGAGGCGAUCGGCCUGCACGGGCCCAUGAUGGCCUUCUUCCAGACACUGCUUCUCUUGCAGGCACUGGCGGUGUCGGUGAUUAGCAUCUUUGUCGCGAUCCCGUACUGCGUCGGCCGCCUGCUGGGCUUCCGUGUGCUGGACAUAGUCCUGCUGCCGGUCGACCUGCUGCGCACCGUGACCGACCCGGUAUUCGAGUUUGUCCUGUCGCACCUCACCGCGCCGCUCGCGCCGCUCGCGCGCCUCGCCGAGCCCGGCCAGGCCUCGGCGGCGGCCGAGGCGUCGGGCGGGCUGUGGGACGCGCUCCGCUCGACGCACCUUGCGCCAGUCGCACGUGCGAUCCAGGACGUGGCGUGGAAGGCCGUCGGCCUCGCAUCCGGACUGCAAGCGCACACGCGCGGCACUGCGCUCUGGGAGCGUGCGCUGUGCAUCGUGCUCGGCCACGGCUACGCAUUCCUGAUCCUGGCCGCGGAAGCGCACGCCGGCCACCUUCUGCACGGCGCGCCGGUCAGCUGGGCGCAGUACGUGCUGAAGCAGUACCUGCGCGUGGCCAAGGUGCUGCUCUUUUCGGUGAUCGACCUGCUGCUCUUCCCCCUCUUUUGCGGCAUUCUGCUCGAGUGGUGCCUCUUUCCGCUGUUCCCAGGCGCGUCGUUUGCGCGCCUCGCCGGCGACUUUGCUGCCGCGCCGUUCACCGCGACGUUUUGCCGGUGGACGUCGGGGACCGUGUACAUGUUCCACUUUGCGCAGUUCCUCAGCGCGAUCCGCUCGGUCGUGCGCCCCGGCGUGAUGUGCUGGAUGCGCGACGCGUCCGACCCCGACUUUCACCCGAUCAAGGAGAUCCUCGAGACGAACAGCCUCCUGCAGCUGCGGCGCAUCGGCGACUCGGUCAUUAUGUACGGCGCGGUGCUCGCCCUGGUGUUUGGAGCGACGCUGCGUGUGCUCAACCUCGUGCCCGGCCUCUUUCCGCUGUACUGGCACCCGAUGCAGCCGGUCCUGCAUGUGCCGCUCGACCUGCUCCUCGUGCACUUUGGCCUGCGCCUCUCGGUGAAGCGCACGCGCCUCUCGCAGAACGCGCGCAAGGCCUUUAAGCGCUGGUGGGUGUGGGCGGCCAAGUGCCUGCGCCUCUCGGCGUUCCUUAUGGGCGACGAGCAGCCAGACGAGAUGGGCGUCGUCGAGGGGCGGACGUGGCUCGAGGCGCUCCGUACGUACGUCCUGCACCAGCCCGGCGCGGAGCACGACCCGCGCUUUGUGCGGAGCGGCGGCUACGCGCGCGUGCCGGCCGACGACCAUCCCGCACCGGACGCACAGCUGGUCAUUGCGACCGACGCCGAAGGCACACCCGUCGACGACGAGGCGCGCACGGCGCUCGCAAAGCAGGAGGCGUCGAUCGCCAAGAUGAAGGAGAAGGCCGCGUACUCGAUCGUGUAUCUCCCUGGCCCGCUGCGGCCGCGCGUCAUGGUGCUCCUCGUGCUCCUCUGGCUCUCGACUGCGGCAGUGAGCGCGGUGGGCUUCGUGGCCCCGCUGCUCAUCGGCCGCGGCCUCGCGUACGUGUGCGGCGUGAGCGGGAUGCACGACGUCUACGCCGUGUUCCUCGGCGUGGUCGUGCUGGUGCUCGGCACGCUCGUGCGCCACUGUACGCUGGAGCUCACGCCGCGCCGCCUCGCGGUCGAGGAACACGUCGCGGCGUGCGUGCGCAACGCAUGCCGCGUCGCCUACGUGCUUGGCGCGUACGCGGGGCUCGUGCCGCUGCUCACCGGCCUCGUCCUGCACCAGUACCUCGUGCCGGUGCAAAACGUCACGACCGACGGCGUGCCGCAGCUGAAUGUACUGCAUGCAUGGGCACUCGGCGUGAUGGCACUGCACAGUGCCCUCCUCUUUAUCCUCAUGGUCCGCCCGGACGACUACCCGCUCCUGUGGGACGUCUACGACUUUUUGCAGCACGGCCGCAUCUGGCGCGUGCCGAUCCGGCCCACCGCGCGGACGGCGCUCCUGCCGAUGCUUGCCGUGCUCAUCCCCAGCCUGGUGCUCCCGUACCUCGUCGCCCUCGGCUCCCUCGCCAUCUCUGGCGACUGGGACGCGCCGGCGGCCGUGCACCAGCUGCACCUGCGCUACGCCAACUGGAGCGUGCUCCUCGGCACACUGCUCUUUGCGCUCGGCGCGAUCGUACCGCACCGCCUCGACUUUUGGACGAGCGUACUGCGCGACGAACUCUUCCUCGAGUCGACGCAGCUGUGCAACUACGACGAACAGGACGAGAAACGCACCCACCAAAACUACGGGCCCCUGCCGGACCGCGUCGUGCGUGGAUAG